AGAGACUCCUCAGUCAAUGAACUUUCUGACAGUUCUGAUCACAGACGCAACAAGAGCAACAGCGCCGCUACUUUACUGCGCCGGAAAAUUCCAGGGAACGAUGGUUUUUUAACCGAGUGUCGUCGACCCUAGAAACACCGUGCUUUGCAUUUGCAACGCACCUUUGCAACAAAUAACUUCAGCAAGAAUGGAGUCUCGCAAUGUUCACCCAGCUCUGUCCUUUGUGGCUAAUCCCUCAAACUUGCACGCUCCACGAACGCUUGGCCUUUUGAAUCGAAACCGAAGAAAUGAUGGCGCCGUCGGUUCCCCGCUGGAAGACCCGUCUCGUCUGCCCGGUAGACCCCCUCGCUCUCUCUCCCCCACAGGCUAACCACAGCCAACCACAGGGGCGGAGGGGGGUGGAGCCAGAGAAGAGCAGGCGCUUAAUUGGCAAUGGUCUCACUGACUGGAUGACGGAAGAAGUGGAUUUCUCCUCUUACCUCCCUGCCCCUCACUCCUCUCCCUCUCCCAAUUCCUCCCUUCCCCCAUCACCCCUCCAACAGGACAUCCAGGUACCCUCCGACCUGGAGGUCAUGACCUCUCUCCUGCAAGAAGAGCUUGCUCAGCUGGAGGACUACUUCCUGUCUGACUCGCUUGCCGAAAAAGCUUUAAAAUUGGGAAAAUGCGACAAAGUUGCUCCAGCAGUGGGUCCACAGCCGCACUACCAGUUGCCCUAUCAUUCGUACACCUCCAGCCAAUCAGAAUCCAGCCCACUUCUUGUUACCCUGGCAACUGGGGAACUCGACCUGCUGGGGUUGUGUGGCGGCACCAUUGGCCGAUCCAAAACGCCUCGGCACGCCCCUUACAGUUGCAGCCGCCCUAACAGCAAUGGUCGUAGGAGAGUUUGCGAUGGGAUGAGGUUGGGAGAGGGUUUGGACAAUAGUAUCUGGAGUCCCAAAGGGAAUAACUCAGGGGGCCUUAGCGUAGCAGUUACCGGCAGUUACUGCUGUCUAGAGGAAGAGAAUGUGGUUGGGAAGGGGUAUUGCCUUGGUGGCGCGGUCGAGAUUAGAAAAUGCAGCAUAUUACCGAAGGAAGAGAAAAACUACUGUUUCGCAGAAGAUCCUACUGGCAGGGAGAAGAUGGGCAUGGGCUACGGGUUUAGCGACGGGUCACUUGAUGUCCCCCACAAGAAAGAGGAGCAGCUGAUGUACGGCGUGCAGGAGGUCAGCAGCGGCGACAACGGCAUGGCGAUGGAGGCGCUGCGAGGUGACGGCUGCGGCGAGGUGGCGCAACCCAUGGCCUGGAAGACGGAGAUGGGGGACAGCUGCUUCCUUCCGCCCGGUCUGGACGGACCCCGCCACGGGUUUCUGGGUGCAGUAGAUGAGCCCAUGAGAGCGGCGGGUCUGGAGACGGGGCGCCAGCAUGGCGGCUACUGCUCCGAUUUCCUGGAGAAUCAAAACCCGGAGUGCCUGUCGGGGGGAGAGGCGGAGGGGCUCGAGUUGGGGCCCACAGGCCACCGAGCCGCACUGGGGCACAAGCAAGACCUCUCCGGUGUCAAAGCAGCGCUGGAGGCCCCCGUGGAAGGCCCCCAUGGAGAGCGCAGGCAGAAGAAGAGAGACCAGAACAAGACCGCCGCUCACAGGUACCGCCAGCGCAAGAGGGCAGAGCUGGACUCUCUGGAGGAGCAGCUGCACGGGCUGGAGGGGCGGAACCGCGAGCUACGGGACAAGGCGGAGUCCGUGGAACGAGAGAUCCAGUACGUCAAAGACCUUCUCAUCGAGGUCUACAAGGCCCGCAGCCAGCGGCUCAAGCACGACACCGGCCCCUGAUGGCAGCUCUCUUCCCCCGCCAGCUUCAGAGCCACCACCAGAGGGCGGGGAAAAAAAGUACUCUUGGAAUACAGUGGUUAGAAGGUAGUGGCACGUUGUGAGUGAUUCUGAUUGUUUUAGUUUCUUUGCCGUUUGAUUUACUGGUCAUUAGAAAUCUGAGUUAGUCUGCUAAGCUACAUGCUUUAUAUUUCGGCACUGAAUAGAUUGUUUUGUUUACGUUGUUGAAGUAAAAGCUUAAAAUAACGCCCGCCCAGCACUGUGAAGCUGUCGUAUUUUUAGGAGUUUUGUGCAAAAUUUUGUACGUGUAUCCUUUUUUCGGUGACAAUCAAGCAAGUGGGGUUCUCCUGUAGCGUCCGCUUGGAAAAUGCCACACCCAGUCAGCACACAGUAGCAUUGCUGACACUUGUGUCUAGAUGGGUGUCGGCAACCUGCCUUGAGUCGGAGUGGUGGUGGACAUGUCUCGUCUUAUCAUUCCAUAUCAGACUUAAAUAGGAGAACCCAAAUAACUUUUAAUAUUCAUUACAAUAUAGUACAGACGUCUUUAUGUUUAUAGACUUAUAGCACGACCUUUUCUUCAGUUUAAAACUGCUAGUAAUUCUGUACAUCAUAGACUAGAAAAGGAGUUACACUCUGUGAAGAAAACUUUGCCUAAAAACAUAUUUUUGUUGUAUGUUUGAAACAUCACAAAUUAUUCUGUCAUUUCCCCUAUUCAGAAAAACAUUUGAAAUUACUCACUGUCUUUCCUACUAGGACAUUGGCUCUUUCAUUUGAAAUGCAAAUUCCAAACCAGUAAUUUAUAGUUAAGAGUUCAUUCAGUAGAAUGUUUAUGACUCUAUAAUUUCUGAUUGGCCCAGCCUACAGUCUGCAUUUGAAAUUAUUUAUUUUCACUUUUGAAUGAAACCAUUUGCUGUCCACAGACCUAUGGAGCACAUACAAAUAAAGAUUAUUUCUUGUAUUUCUAGAGUAUUUAAUUCAUCUCAGCUUUAGAGAAGGGGAACAUGUCUUGAACAUAUUGAAAUCCCAUUUUAGUUUCUUUAGUGCUUCUGUCAGCUGUCUGAUUAAACAAUCAAGGUUCAACCUUUUCUGUUAGGUUAUAUUUCAAAAUCAGUACACAUUUUUAAUAUAUUUUUUGGGGGCAUCUGCUGUUAAGUGUGCUAAGACCACUGUUUUUAUAUAUUUUUCACUAGAACGUGUGUGAUAGCUUGUGAUGUAGCUUUUUGUUUAAAAAAAAUGGAAGUCCUACUAUGUAACAUUAGCAUUAUAUUUUUAUCAUCAGCAGCUUGCAGGAGUGUAAUGGACUGGCACGAAACUGUAAUUUCUUUCCUCAAAUAUUUGUAAGUUAAUUUGAGUAACUUAUUUUAUAUGUCCUCAUAUCCAAUUAAGUGGUGCGUAUAAACACAAGGCAAGAAAAAACAUAUUAUGAGAUGACUAAACACUUCCAAUCAUAUACCAAUGAAAAUUGCUAAGCUGUAGAUUUUUUCCAGGAAUGUUUCACUUUUUAAUGAUGUUUCUGUUUGUGACUUUAUUGCAUGAGUAAGUAACUCCAGUGAAUAGGAAUCAGAGGAAGGCUGGUGGAUAUUUUGGGUGUUAAUGUUUGCGCCUGCAUUAUCAAAAUUAUGCUUUGAAACAUCUUGGCAAGAAAUUGCUGAUAUGCAAUAUGUUUUCUUGUCAUAUACUUGAGAUCAGAAUGUUAUCAUACUUGAACAACAUGUAUUUUGAUUUAAUAUAGCAGGAUAUUGGAAGACACACAAUCACUGGUGCACUGCUGUGUUGGAUAUUUGAGCACAACUUCUCCAGAAAUCUUCUUUGUGUAACAUGUCCUUUCUUUUAUCAAAAUAAAGUAACUUUUGU